CGUGCCUGUGGCGGCGCUGCUUCGUGCUCGGCCUUUUCUCGCCGCGCGGGGUGCGGAGGGAGGAGCCAAAGGCCAGGAAGGCUGGCUGCCUCGGUCGCUGGAUCCUUUCCCAGUUGGAGGGCAUCGGCUCAGGCAAGGCCAUGGAAAAUGCUUUUGAUAACUUGAUGUGAAGAGCUUUUUUUCCGUUGGCAUGAGGCAGCUCCUACAUUCACCUUAUCUUGGGUUCCUGCAAUGGCAGAAGAAGAGCUCCCAGGAAAUAAAAGGCCUUGUAGAAGUUCAGCUCUUAAUAGGAAGAGGAUAAAACCUGCCAGGAGGAAGCAUGGGGCGGGUGUGGAAGGGACACUGCCUUUAUCUGCAUCAAUUGCUUCAUUUUUCAAUAAUGUUCCCCCUGCCAGAGUCGCCUGUCCUUUGUGUGGGCAGAUGGUAGCAAGAUAUAGAAUCAACAAGCACAUUGAUGAAGUGUGUCAGAAGAGCCAGGAUGAUGAUAGGAUUCUGGUUGGUUCGGCGCCUGAAGCGAGUGUAGGCCCAUCAGUUGAAAAUGUGCCUGGUGGUUGCAGUCCGUACUUUGCAAAUAAUGCCUCGACUCCAGAGAAGUUAGUAGGUGACAACUCUGAAACAAAACCUGAGGUGGGAGGACAGGUGAGCCCAUACUUUAAGAAGGGCAGCAGUCUCCUGUUGGGCAAUGGUGAGCCAGAGGUUCAGGCAGUUGGGAAGAUCUCUCUGGGAAGGCUGUCAACCAAAUUGUCCAGGAAGCGUCGUGCUGAAGGUGGCAGCAUCUUUACUUGGGAUGCUAAGUCUCAACCAGCUCAAGAUGUGUGUCACAGCUCUAGAGAGGAGACUCCAGAAGGCACCACUUCUUCACAGAAAGAAAACUGGUUGCCUUUUUCAAGGCUUCAGAGACAGCCUAGUCCAAAAGAAGGAUUUGCAGGCAAACGAGAAACCCUGGACCUCACAUGGGAAGGUGAUGCACGAACGCUCUUGGGUGGUGGUGAUGGUUCUGCUCCAGGAUUGUUUCCAUCUGAUCAUCUUGCUUGUGGUGAAGUUGGGCUGCUAACCGAGGACAGCAAGGCGCAAAAUACUCCUAAGGAGGACUUGGAUUCUGAUAUUUGCAAGCUUGUAGUGUGUUCAACAGCUUAUAGUAAAGAAGCACUGCCAAACUUGGAAACCACAGACCUCUCUUCUGGUGAACAGGCUCUGUUGCCCAAUGUGAAAGGUAUCUGUUGCAAUCAGACACAAGAUAUCUCUUUUGUGGGGGGUGACCUGGAAGUACUUCCUAUGGAAGAUCAUACGGACUUAAAAAAUGAAGUGGUUGAUUGUGUUUGUUUGGGACCUUUGGAAAGCAUGAAUUCUCGGAGUCCAAGCAGCAACAUUUUAGAGAUGGUUCUCAAUGGACUCAGCUGUGGAGAAGACCCGGGAGGGCAACCAUAUUAUCUUCAGAAUUUUCUGAUGGUCCUGCAGGCUGUGAUAGAGAAUGAGGAUGACCGGAGGAUGUUUGAUGAGCAUGAUUUGGACACCAUUGCAAAGUUCUACCAACUCUCAGCCAGCGCUCAGAAGUUAUACGUCAGACUUUUCCAACGCAAGCGGAGUUGGAUAAAAACGAACAAGAUAGUAUACUUGGAGAUUGCUGAGGAUCUCUCAUCAUACAUCAAUGAGCUUGUUGGAACAGGAUUCUUGCAGUCAGAGGCAGAAUUAGAAGAUCUGUCUGAGGCUCUUGACUUGCUUUCUGCCCCUGAGCUGAAAACCUUAGCAAAGGUCUUCCACCUGCCAAACCCAAAUGCACAGAAACAGCAGCUCCUGGAAGAUUUCCUUCACUUGUCAAAACAGCGCUCAGUCUUCAGCAGGAACCAAGCCGGCGUUGGGAAUGUGAUUCUGAAAAGAGCAAAAGAUGUGGCUGGCAGAUCCGUCAGGCUUCAUAAAGUUCCCCAGACAGUCUUCUCACGGGUGCUGCUGCUCUUUUCCCUGACUGACCUAGUGGAGGAUGAAGAAGCUGGAAGUGGUGGCCAAGGACAACUUUCCACCGUCCUCAUGGUGAACAUGGGUCGCAUGAUUUUCCCCAGUUACACAGUCAACAGGAAAACCCAGAUCUUCCAGGAUCGGGAUGAUUUCAUCCGGUAUGCCAGUGCUGCGUACUUGUCAAACGACAUCUCUGUGGCUGUGACUCGUGGGAACUGGAAGGAGGCGCACAGACUCUAUGAGGUGGCCAAAGAAAGCUGGCAGGAGUUGAAGGAACAUUUUUCUUUGUGGUACCAUGCAGCCCUCCCGGAAUACUUGAGGCGUUUCACUGUUGGGUGGGUGUACACACAUAUCUUCUCCCAGGGUGUUGAGAUCUUGCAGAGACUACAUAUGUAUAAGGAGGCAGUGGAACAGCUUCAGGAUCUUUUGGCCCAAGACGUUUAUUGUUCCGCCAGCCGAGGAAGGUGGUGGGAUCGCCUGGCUCUUAACUUGCACCAGCACUUGAAAGACACAGAGGAGGCCAUCAGGUGCAUCAGGAAAGGUCUCCAGGACCCAUUUGUUCGCACAGGCCAUCGACUCUCCCUCUCCCAGCGAGCCCAGAGGAUACAAAAUUCCUCAGCGUGUAAGAAGAUAGGGCAUCUCCUCCAAGAUCUGCCGCUUCUUUCUGUGGAAGAUGUUGCCCAUGUUACCAUCAAAGGAAAGCUGUGCCCACAGACUGGAAUGGGGAAGUCUAUGUUUAUCAUGGAAGACGUCGGUGGCAAAGACCCGGGAGAAGACCUUGAGCCCUCCACUGUGGUGUGCUCUGUCGAGGAGCUGGCAUUAGCCCACUACAAGCAGCAUGGCUUUGAUCAAGGGAUUCAUGGCGAAGGAUCUACGUUCAGCACCCUCUACAGCCUCUUGAUGUGGGAUAUUCUCUUCAUGGAUGGCAUCCCUGAUGUCUUCAGGAAUCCUUACCAGACUUCCCCCCUGGAUCUGUACACGGACAGCUUCUAUGAGAACCGGAGGGAGGCCAUUGAAUCCAGGCUGCACUUACUGCAUGAGGCUUCGCCUGAAACCCUGGAAAAGUGGAUUGCGGAUGUCUGGAAUGCUCAGGAGGGCAAAGCAGCAGCGUUAAUCAGCUGGGACCGAUUCUCUUCCCUCCAGCAGGCUCAGCACCUGGCGUGUUGCUUUGGGGGUCCUUUCCUGAGUGGAGUUUGUCGACAGCUGAGCAGAGAUCUGCGUCACUGCAGGGGCGGCCUCCCUGAUCUCGUCGUUUGGAGAACUGAAGAUCACCAUUUUAAGCUGGUGGAAGUCAAAGGCCCCAAUGACCGCCUUUCUCACAAACAGAUGAUAUGGCUUGCCGAGUUGCAGAAGCUGGGUGCAGCAGUGGAAGUCUGCCAUGUGGUUGCAAGUGGAUCUAAAAGUAAACGGUUGAGCUGAGACUCUAUUGUGGUGGCUGGGCUCAGGGCCAGAGUAACAAAAUAAAAGCUUGACACAU